CAACUGCAAAUUGAUUUGACUUUUAUUCCAGACAUAGAUAACGCAAGACAGGGAGAAGCAACGUCACCUCUAGCUGUUUCCUUCCAUCAGAGAAAGAUCCCGUCAGAAGUGUCCUUCUAUGCUUCUAUACUCUACAAAUGGCAUUCGGAGAAAAGGAGAACAGCCUUCUUAACAGCUCCGGCACACACUGGAUGAAGGCUAAUUCCGAGGACUAUGGCAAAACCAACAAUAUUCUAGUCCCUCUCACACUGUCCAGGAUACAUGUCAUAUAUUCUUUUGCCACUAUUACUCACAGUCUCUCCACCUCAUCCUCCUCCCCUCUCAGUGCGCUUUGCCAGAUCUUCCGACAGAUACGGACAACGACGACUCAGAUACAGAUCGAUUUGGACCAGUUCCCAGGGACGGCAUGGGAAGGAAUCAACGCAGCGCCAGAAAGAAUGCCAAACACGUACAUACUAGCCAUGCACGGGCUGCAAAGAAUGGUUGAGGAGAAUAUUAGUUUUUUCCAAGAACAACGAGGAGGGAAAUCUCUCUACACUGAAGCAAUAGCCCAUCUCUCUUCGUGCCUCGCAUAUCUGUCCAGAGGAAGUGACCCCGACGUUAUGACAGGGCUAUCCUGGAUCCAAAACAUCCCAGAUCCGUUCCUAGAUCAUAUUGAGUGCCACGAACCGAUGGCUUUGGCUAUACUGGCGCAUUAUUGUGUGGUCUUGUACCAUUUGCGGCAUCACUGGUGGAUCGAUGAUUUGGGGCUUUCAGUAUUGAGGGAGAUUCGUUCCAUACUCGGUCGGAAUGUAUAUCGCAUAGAUUGGGCGAUGGAUGCAACGGGAUUAACGAUAUCAGCAUCUUCACGGAGUAAUGGUUGAAUUGUAUAUCAAGGAGAUUCGACAGGG